UGUGUGUGUGUGUGUGUGUGUAUGUGUGUGUGUGUGUGUGUGUGUGUGUGUGUGUGUGUGUGUGUGUGUGUGGGGUGUGCUAGGGAUAUGCGUAGUCGAAUCGGCUGAACUGUAGGGGUGUUAACAGGAAGAUCACCGUGUUGUUGGAAGGAUAGCUGUGUGUGUGUGUGUGUGUGUGUGUGUGUGUGUGUGUGUGUGUGUGUGUGUGUGUGUGUGUGUAUGUAUAUGUGUGUGUGUGUGUGUGUGUGUGGGGUGUGCUAGGGAUAUGCGUAGUCGAAUCGGCUGAACUGUAGGGGUGUUAACAGGAAGAUCACCGUGUUGUUGGAAGGAUAGCUGUGUGUGUGUGUGUGUGUGUGUGUGUGUGUGUGUGUGUGUGUGUGUGUGUGUGUGUGUGUGUGUGUGUGUGUGUGUGUGUGUGUGUGUGUGUGAGAGAGUGUGUCAACAGAUGUUUCAUGGGCUAUGAUUCUAUUAACAAUAUGUGGACAGCAGUAGUAUUAUAUGAUACAAUUCUUAUAACAGAUGUGUUUGUACAUAGUGUAGGAUAAAAGUGUAAUUCAAUGCCUUUGAACAAUGAGGGGUUGUAUAAUUCGGUGCCUUAAUGUCUGUGGAGAAGCAACGCCUCUAUUGUUACACAUAUGUCUGACGACCAUGGCACCCCCCGGCUCCAUGUUGAUUAUGGGGGAGCUGUCUAUGGAAGACACAGGCUGUUUGAUGGCUCCCUGGUACUAUACAGAGUGAUUUGAUGUGUGUGUGUGUGUGUGUGUGUGUGUGUGUGUGUGUGUGUGUGUGUGUGUGUGUGUGUGUGUGUGUGUGUGUGUGUGUGUGUGUGUGUGUGUGUGUGUGUGUGUGUGAGAGACGUAAUAAUGUGCUUUUUAUAUUCUAUCCCACUAUAUUACGAAAACCGACUUUGGUUCACAUUGACAAUAUAUUAGGUGAUAUCAUGAUACUAUUAAGAUAGUUUAGUAAUUUUUCAUCCGUAUUUGGAUCAACUUUAUUUUACCAUUAGUAUAAGGUCUGUCUAUGAUGCGUUGAGUGGGCGUAGGCCUGUAGGACCUACGUGUGCGUGGGUCCAGUACCUAUUGGACAGGCGUCUAUGACGUCGGGGGCUUAGGUGCGAAUGAUGUAGAUAGGGCGUCUUUCAGGCAUAAAUAUACGGGGUCCCGUGAUACGGGAGCGUACGACCUCCGACCCAGACGUUAGCCACACUAUUCUAAGUUAGUAAACGCGUCGCAGCAGCUGGAAGAAAAAAAAAAAACAUCGAUCCGUCCUGCACAACUAUGCCGACUGACUCGAAUUGCGGUGCCGGAGGCGAGAGCGUGAAACAGCAGCAGGGUCCACGUGGAAAUUUGCAGGAUAUUCGGCUCAACAGACCGAUUCUAGCAGACCAGACUAAUGUGCUGACAAGCGGUAGUUUUGUACCUAUCGAGGCCAAUGUCAUUCAGCGCCCCUCCGGAACAAAUCGACUGGCCAAGAAGAAGAAUUUGAAAAGAUCGGCGGGAAUAGGCGGGGCUAUACCCUGCUCACCGCAGGCCAUAGAACAGCUACAAAUUCCUUAUAAAAAGGCCCGCAAGGACGCCACCCACGGCGGUCUAGCUCCGGAGAAUUUUACCCAUGUUAUUCAGGCCGUUAUAAAUCCGCAAAUCGCGCCACAUGGAGCGGCAUGGACUGAUUCCAACCACCAAGUGAUUGCGGACGUGGAGGUGCGUGUGUCGGCGGCGCCUACAGAGACAGUCGCCGUGCAACCGGAUGGGACUAUACAACACGUCUAUGGAGAUCCCCAGUGUGCGCCACCAGCAGGGCUGACCGUCAAUGAUUGGCCUGGUCUUGACGACAUCCUGGACGCGUCCUGGAAUUCAUCGCUGCUGGAACAUAGCGACUUCACUCCAGCUCUGUGGGUCGACUCUCCAGCUACAUCCGUAGAGGCUACCACCAGUGCAGAGCCUGUACAACACCACCAGCCUGCAGGCCCUGCAUCUGGAUCCCUACACGCCAUUCAAGCCCCUAUCUGCGACUCUCCGUGUAUCGUGAGUCCCAUCGCUCAUGAGGUAGCGGUGCUGCGGCUACCAGCCGGUCCCGCAAUUGCUGAUGGUGAAUACUGGGCUGUGCCGCAAGAUGCUAAAUGGCGUAAAGAAUUUGCUGAUAAAUUAGCCGUGUUAACUGCAACGGUGGCUGUAAACUCCUCAGCCAUUGAUCGUCAGAUUAAACGUGGUGACAGUAGAUAUCAGGCUCUCGAAGAGCAGACGAAGCAGUCCUUCAGCGCUAUCAGGCUCGAAAAUGCGCGUGAUCGGAUGAUUGCUAAAUCCCCAAACACUGAAACCAGUAAUGGACUUGCAAUUGUGGACCUUCAACGUAAGCAUUUUGCGGCCGCGGUAGCUGUGCGAGGCAACACGCAGGGCAUAGCGAAAAUUAGCUCAGUAGAGGCGUUAAGAGCUUCUAAAACCGCUCGAAAAUUAUGGUUAAUGGAAUCUACUUGCAAAGCUAACCUGGAUGCCUAUAGGGCAUUGUGUACCGAGAUGUCUGUGAUGAGUGACACAGUAGCAAAGCUCUCGUUGAAUGCUAUUAUUUGAUUUGUGUUUUUGUUUUUUUCUUUUAUCUUGUGGAGAGGGUAUUUUUUUUUGUUUUAAACUGCAUGUAAUAAAACUUUUUUUUCAUUUAAUACCUGACUAAUUAACGUUUUUUUUUUUUUUAAAUAUAAUUUUUAUAUAUAUAUAUAUAUAUUUUAUUUUAUUUUCUAUCGGCAUUAAAAAAAAAAAACUAUAGCCGUACACCAUGCAUAACGCCAUUAGCCCUAGAAAAAGGAAAUUCAAAUCUAUAGACGGUAAUCCCAAGAGACGGCGUAGAUCUGAUAGUGGGGGUAGCAUUAUGGAUUUAGAACUUGAAGAGAUGACAAUGCGGUAUGACGCAACCGGCGAUACGUCUCAUUUGUCGGGCAUAGGCCAUGUGGUGGGUGGGGGCAUGUAUGCAGAAGGUUGUUUAGACAGGCGGGAAAUAUGUGUUGGCGUAGAUAGAACUAGACGGGUGUUAAUUGCAGCUGAUGCACGGGGUCGUAGCAUGGCUAAUGCUCUAUAUCAGGCAGCACAGAUAAAUGUUUCGAACGAACCAUGUCUAGAUGACGUGGUGGGGCUAGAGGCACCAGGAGAUUUAGACACAAGGGGUGUGUUGUAUUCGGGGGGAAACACACGAGAUGUACUUAACGCUGUCGGGGGGCGGUUGGAUAGUGCACAAGAGAGUCUAUACAUAUCCACACAGAUCGAUGUAUUGCAGGGGUCGCAACGUGAUGAAGGGGUUGGCGCGGGUUUUCAGGACCCCCCGGCCGCGGCAGGGGUCCCUAUAGAGUCGAGGGGUGUGGUGUAUGUGGGGUCAAACACGCAAGAUGUACUUAACGCUGUCCGGGGAUGGUUGGAUAGUGCACAAGAGAGUCUAUACAUAUCCACACAGAUCGAUGUAUUGCAUGGGUCGCAACGUGAUGAAGGGAUUGGCGAGGGUUUUCAGGACCCCCCGGCUGUGGCAGGGGUCCCUAUAGAGUCGAAUAUACAGGUCGGUGGUGGUGGCGGUGGUGGUGGCGUGGGGGGUGGCGGUGGUGGCGGUGAUGGCGAUGCUGUUGUUGACGAUGAUGGCGAUGCUGUUGUUGACGAUGAUGACAGUGGUGACGGUAGCGGUGUGGGGGAUGGAGGUGCUGGUGAUGGUGCUGCUUAUGAUGGUACACAGGUGUCUGCUGUAACGGGGGAAGAUAAUGGCGAGUUGCAUACCAGAUUAUUUCCCCGGUUUAACGGCUUUGAGGUUAGACAGUCCAUUGACCUGAGAAGUAUAUCCCUUGCAAAUUUACAGGAGGUCCCUGAUUUGAUCAGGGAGAGACUGUCAGAUGCCAUAACAAGCUGCUCGCAAAGUGCAGCCGAUGGUAGUGUCUUAAACGUGGUGCUGAGAGGUCCUUCAUUGGCCUCUGAUGUACAGGCUGUGCUCGUAACGGGUGACGAUUACAAUGAGGAUUUGUUUAUGGAGCAUAUUAGCCAAGUCAUACAGAGCAACGACACAGGUCUGACGGAUGAUGUGCUAGAGCUGGUGGUCACAGGGGUCCACAACAAACGGGGUGGGGCACGUUUGAAGUUAAAAAACAUUCCCUAUGAUGAAAUCAUACACAAGAAGAAGCUAAGUCUCUACACCCCGAGUAAUACUCAUAACAAUUUGUGUUUCUCACUAUGCAUGACACAUUUUCUGCAUGAAGGGGUAACCGGGGGUGACACAGCGUCCGAAGAGACUAAUUUGGAGGCGGCUCGCAAAUUACACAGUGAUCUGGGGUUUGACCCGGAUCACUCUGUGGGUUUCUCGGAUGUUUCCAAAUUUGAGAGACAUCUAGAUGUUAAAAUCCUGAUAUUUCAUCAUAAUGACACAUUCAGGAAGCUGGAGAUGUUCCAGACACAUACAGCCCAGCAUCCUAAAACAGUAUGGCUGUACCUCCAUGAUAGCCACUAUCAUUGC